AUGGUGCAGAAAGGACAGAGCUGUCGUCUCCUCAUCAGCUGCAUGUUGUUCAUCGUGCUAACAGUCGCUCACAGUCAGGAGAACGAGAGGCGUGCAGUGACAGAGCAUCAGUUGAUGCAUGAUCGUGGUCGCUCCAUUCAGAGUUUGAAGAGACUGAUUUGGCUUUCCAGCGCCAUCGAGAGGCUGCACACGGCAGAGACGCGCUCUUUAUCCUCCUCUCUCUCCUCCUUCAGUAAUAAUGAUGAUGAUGAGGGUAAUGAUGAAGAUUCCUCCAGAUUUCCCCCUGUGAGGGACAGUAGUGUGCACCAGGGGGCGCUGGAGCUGCUGCUGAGAGACAUGUACAGAGCGCAGCCUCCGUCAGGGAGAAAGCAGCCCAGCAUCCACUAACCACCAAGUAGAACAAUAAUAUAAUACAGCAUCAUACAGCUGGAAAUGACUUUAGACUCUUCAAAAAAACUGCAAAAAUAAACUAAACCAAAAAAUGAAAAAAAAUAAUAAAUUGUAUUGGUUAUAAAUAAUCCAUAAAACUAUAAUAAAACUACAGAAAAACUUUAAAACUGGAAGUAAAUGCAGAAUGGUAUUACAAACUAAAUGCAAAAAUAAAAACUUUACCAAAUCUACCAAAGUGAAAAGAA